AUGAGUGCGCCAUGCCAUGAGUGUAUCAAAGGAACAAUCCAUGAGGGGCAGCCCAAAGGCAAGGAGGAGACCAUUCACGGCCUCAACACCUAUGUUGUCGGCAAUCGCACCGACCCUCGCGGUAUCAUUGUCGUCUAUUCCGAUAUCUUCGGCAUCCCGCUGCCAAACAAUAGGCUCAUCGCCGACGCCUAUGCUGCGAAUGGCGAGUGGCUUGUCUAUCUUCCAGAUUUCUUCAAAGGUGACCCCGUGGCCCUCAAGGUGGCUGAUACCUUGAUCCCUGUCGAUGCCGGCAAGCAGUCGGCGCUGUCGAAAUACACCGGCAUGCUAGCCAUGAUGCCGUCAUUCCUCAUGUGGUCACAGCGACACAAGUUCGCACCGACAGACAAGAUCUGCAUGGACUUCCUGCGGGCCUUGAGAUUAGCCACACCAAAGACCCGGAAGAUCGGAAUGGUGGGUUUCUGCUGGGGCGGCAGAUACGCCAUUCGCGCCGGCCUGGAAAGCAACAUGGUGGAGAUGGACGGUGAGAAGGUGCCACUGGUGAGCGCCGUGACGGCGCUGCAUCCGAGCAACAUGGAGCUGCCGGACGACGUGGAGAAGAUAGUCGUGCCGACUAGUUUCGGUUGGGGCCAGGAGGACAGCUUCGUGAAGAUCGAGAUGAAGGGCAAGGUGGAGGCGGUCCAUGAAGCGGCCAAGAAAGCGGGUAGGAGGUUACCGGAGAUCGAGCACAAAGUCUACACGCCGGGGCGGCAUGGCUUUGGUGUGAGAGGUAAUCCGGACGAUCCCCAGGAGAGGGCGUGCUUGGAGGGCACGGAGAAGCAGGCCCUGGCGUGGAUGAAUCGGUUCCUCUGA